UGAUAUUACCUACAUUGCCAAGGAAAUAGACAAAACCUUUUUAAAGCAUAUUUUUCUUUCUCCAUUAUUUUAAUCCUUACAUAAAUUCACAUUAUUAAUGUACGUGAAGAUUUUUACCAGAACCGCAGCAUCAUAGACACCGGUUCUGGAUGUUAUUUUGAUAAUUUUUUUUAGAUCUGUUUAGGACGAGGCACAUAUGCUUUGAAACAAAUAAUUGGCUAGUGAAAUUUUGAGGCGUUGUCGAAGGCAUGCGAGAAAAGUUUUUACGCCGUCGACGAUCGCAGCAAGAGAAGCUCAUUUUCUUCACGAGAGAACUAUGUGGUGCGUUAAUAUUGCAGUUGUAAUGUGGCCGCACCAAGCGAUCGAGCUCCUCUUCUUCGCGAUCUUCGGCCAGACAACCCACGAGAAUUUCAAGAUUGUGCCACGUGACAAGCAGGAACCCUGGACCACCGCCUUCUUCAAGCUUGCCUUCGGUAUCUACAUGCUCGUAUCAGUGGUCGUACUCAUUAACCUUCUCAUCGCCAUGAUGAGCGAUACUUACCAGAGGAUUCAGGCGCAGUCGGACAUCGAGUGGAAAUAUGGUUUGAGCAAGCUCAUCCGGAAUAUGCACAGAACUACGACGGCUCCAUCGCCCCUGAACCUGAUGACCUCUUGGCUCACGUAUCUAUACAAACUCUGCAAGAAACGCAAGCGAAAUAAGGAACGCCCAUCACUUGUGAAUAUGAUGGGUCUGCGUCGUAGUGGUCAACUCUCAGCCCGGUCGAAAAUGGGCGCCAAAUGGUUGUCGAAAGUGAAGAAAACAUCGCAGGUUGCCCAUAAGGACAGCGUCACCCUCUCGGUUAUGCACCUGAGCCCGUUGGGCAGCCAAUUGUCAUUCGGAAACGUGACAAGGAUCGAGCGCGUCGUCGAUUGGGACGUGGUGAGACGCAAGUUCCGCGAGCUCCACGGCGAACCCUCGGAAAAGCUAACGAUUGAAAGCAAGGACGACGGGGAAACGGAUUCGCAGCUUUUGCCCAUUGAGGAAGCUACGAGUCUCGUCGGCAGUCAGGCCACUCUUAUAGCUUCUGCAUCUUAAUUGAGAUGCUCGCAGAGGGGAAACGAGAUGCCGCUGUGCAAGAGCGAUGGUCGGAGAGUGCAUGAUAGAAGAAACCAAUGAGAAUUGAAGAAGAGGGAGAGAGAGAAAAUUUGUGUGAAAGGGGAGCAGAGACAGAGUGAUGGAGUG